AGUUAAACAGUUUAUUUACAUGCAUUUAAAUUAAGGGUUAGCAUUAAUGAAAUAGCCAGGACAGGACAAGGACUUGGAAAAACAGACAUCAAUCAUAUUUAUGCGUAUCUCUUGGAGGCCUGCCAUAUUUAUGCUUUGGAAAUGUUUUUCUAGGCUGAGCUUAACCAUUUUAGCUUCCUUGCUCUCCUCCGUCCUCCGAAACACUUUUUGAAACCGACAUCUACAUCAACUAACCCGAGUAUGAUUAAUUCUAUAGGCUCGCCUACUCAUACCUCUGCGUCGCACGAAGAUCGUAACUAUGCAUCUGAUAUAGAUCAUCAACCUGUGAGGUUUGUUCAUACAAUUUCAGAGGCAGGCAGGCUUCUACCUUCAGCAAGCCAAUGGAACUCAAUUGAACUUGAUUUUCAUCUUGCUCCGCAAUCAAACACUACCUAUGAUUCACUUCCUUCUCGAUACUCUAAAUCCUUCGACUACGAACUUGUUAUAACAGAUAAGAAAUACUUCAAGCGCUUUGUUUAUGUCUCCAUCCUCAUAGUUUUUGUUGUCCUAGCAAUUGUUCUACUAGUGCAAUUUCUGCCUCAUAAGCACAAGCACCAUGGAAAAUCAAAGAAUAUCACGCUCGCAUUAAACCAAGCUUUGAUGUUCUUCGAUGCUCAAAAGUGUAAUAUUUUGUUUCUUUUUUGUCAGACUAAACUAUUUUCUGCAAGUGAUUGUAUGAUAUUAUUACUUGUAUAAUUCAGUGAAGAGAUUAUUUUUUCAGCUGGGAAUUAUCCAAGCAAUAGUCCUGUCAAAUUUCGAGGAAGUUCAGGGUUGCAAGAUGGGAAUACGAGUAAUCCACCUGCAGACCUCAAGGGCGGCUUUUAUGAUUCCGGAAAAAAUAUAAAGUUCAGUUUCCCCACAGCCUAUACCAUUACCCUCUUGAGCUGGACUGUCAUUGAAUAUCAUGAUAAAUAUGACAGCAUAGGUGAGCUUGAUCAUGUCAAGGACAUUAUCAGAUGGGGCAGUGAUUACUUGCUAAAAAUCUUUGAUCCUCCAAAUUCAACUACAGCUCCCAUAAUAAUAUAUUCUCAGGCAGGCAUUCUAUAAAACUUUGGAACAUGAUCCAUGUUCCCAGUCUCGAAUGAAAAACCAAGUAAAUAAUCUCUCUUUUUUUCCUGAUUUUAGGUUGGAAGUAAUCAUACAAACGGUUAUAAUGAUGUAACCUGCUGGCAAAGACCAGAAGACAUGAACUAUACGAGACCUGUUUCAGUUUGCAAUGAAACAGCUUCAGAUCUAGCAGGAGAAAUUAUGGCAGCAUUAUCGGCAGCAUCAAUAGUUUUCAAAGAUGACACUGGUUACUCGAUAAAACUAAUCCAGUCAGCAGAGAAGUUAUUUGAGGUUGCGACGAAGAAUGACACGGGUCACCAUCAAGGCACUUACACUGCGGUUGAAGAUUGUGGAGGAGAGGCAAGAAUGUAUUAUGAUUCAUCUGGUUACCAAGAUGAAUUGAUAUGGGGAGGAACUUGGUUGUUCUUUGCUACUGGAAAUACUUCUUAUCUUGGAUAUGCUACUAGUAAUUUUAGUGCAGCAGAGGGAGAAGAAACAGCGUCAGAGCUAGGUGUUUUCUAUUGGAACAACAAGCUUACUGCUAAUGCGGUCUUGCUGACAAGACUUCGAUACUUUCAUGACCUUGGCUAUCCCUACGAAGUUGGUUUAGGAUCUUCUUCGAAUAAGAUUGAUCUGCUCAUUUGUUCUUAUCUUUCUCGCGAAAUCUACAGCAGAACACCAGGUGGGUUGAUACUCCUGAGGCCAGAUCAUGGUGAACCACUCCAGUUUGCUGCGACAGCAUCUUUCCUCGGAAAAUUAUACAGUGACUACCUUGAACUUCUACGUAGAUCAGGUGUAAGUUGCAGCAGUAAGUUUUACUCUGUGGAGAUGUUGCGAGAAUUCUCCAUCUCUCAGGCAAGCAUUUAUAGUGCCAGUGUUGAAUUUUGUAAAAUCAGGCCUUUCAAAUUCUCACUGAUCCUUAUUUUCUCAGGUUAAUUACAUACUAGGAGAUAAUCCAAUGAAGAUGAGCUACAUGGUUGGCUUUGGAAACAAAUAUCCAACCCAUGUCCAUCACAGGGCUGCAUCAAUCCCUUGGGAUGAUCAGCAUUACUCUUGUCCAGAGGGAGAUAGAUGGUUAUACUCUACGGAUCCAAAUCCAAAUAUUCUUUAUGGAGCCAUGGUUGCAGGGCCAGACAAGUUUGACAAUUUUUUGGAUGACAGGGACAAGCCAUGGUUCACCGAGCCAACCAUAGCGAGUAAUGCAGGUCUAGUUGCAGCACUUAUAGCGCUUCAUGAUCCACCAUACAAGUCUUCUGAUUCAAAUGGCACUAAUCUGGGAAUUGACCUGACUGGUAUCUUUAAAAACCUUCAAUUAGUUCCACCAGGUACUUGAAAGCAUCACAAUUGGUCACUAACUUUCAUAGAAGAAUGAAGGCAACGAGGAAGAUAAAAGGAAAAGUCAUGAUAGCUGAUAGUUACUUGAAUAAGAUGAGAGUUUGAAGAAAUGCACUUGAGGAUAAAUCUCAGUUGUCUUCGCCUACCAUACUUGUAACCGUACUUGUCCAAGUAAUAAGAGGAAGGAAGGUGAUGUAAAUUUUUCCGUUCAACGUUCCAACGUGUUGAAUUAGCCUGCAUUUCGUACCAUGGGUGGUGCAUCAAGGAAUUUUCUUCCAAAAAAUUUUCUGUUUCUUAUGGGUUUACAGCACUUCUGCCAAUUAUCAGUUUGUUGCGUAGGAUAGGAAGUUCCUUGCUUGUUCUAUGGUAAGGUAGAAUGACGAACCAAAGAAAAAAUUCACUAGCUCUCAUACAAAGAUACCUUUGGUUGGAG